UUCUAUUUCUAUAUUUUUAUUAAAUAAAUUGAGAAUGUUAUUGAAGAAUAAUAAUUAAAAAAGUUUGUGGAAAGAGCUCAUGAUUCGAACUAUUCACCUAACAGAAACAAAAACUACUUGAAAGACAAAUAAUUUUUCACGCUUAAUAAAUAAAACAGCAGCUACCUGUCCAUAUUUGUAGUAUCUCUAUAACCCCAUUCAAAUCAUAUAUUGUGUAUGAGUGAGAUGAUAAUCUAUUGAAACUAAAGAACACCUAUUGGGUAUCACUUUUAUAUAACUGAACAUAAUUUGAUAUCAAAAUAUUGAUAAAUCAACAUAAUCAAUAAUUUUUAUUCUAAUUUAUUAAAUUACAAUCAACAAAAAAAAAACAAAAACAAAAUUGAACAAUCAACAAUUAUUGUAAAUUGAAAAUUCAACAGGGAUUUCAUUAAGUAUAAUAGCUUAAUUUUAAAAUGUAGUCCCCUUUUCCCAAUCAAUUUAGAAUGGAAUAAAUAACCACAUCGUAUAGAAUUAAUUUCCUAAAACAAGAAGAAGAAGUUGUAGAAGUUUCAAAUAUAUGAAUAGAAAGAACACAAUAACAUUGUAAUUAACUAUACAGUAAUCAAACCAAUUAGAAAGAGAAAAAAUAAAAUCUGCAAACAUGUUGCCAACAAAUGUGAUGUCCUUUAUGAAAAAGAUGGUUGCAACGGAUGAAGCACAAACAGCACAACAAAAUCAAGCAUCAGAUACUGGCGGAGGAGGAGGUGGGAGUAGUGGUACUUUUGGUAAAUUAAAACAAACUUUAUCAUCAUCAUUAUUAACGGCACAAGAUAAAGUUAAUAAAAUGUCACCGCGUCCAUCAUUAGUACCAACAGAAGCAUCAGAUAUUUCAUCACAAUAUAGUAAUGAAUCAUCACAACCAUCAAAUAAUAAUAACAAUAUUAAUAAUAAUUCGACAACAUCAAGCACUACAACAAUUGGUAAUAAACAGGAACCGGGUAGACGUGCUGGAGCAUGUCGUGUUUGUUUAAAAUCAUUUAAACCAGAUGAUUAUAGUAAAACCUGUUUUGAAUGUCAACAACGUGUUUGUGAAGACUGUGCUAGUUAUAGUAAAUUAGAUGAAAAUGAAGAUGUUAAUAUGUGGCGAUGUAGUGUAUGUAGAAGAAAAAUGGCCUCAAGGGUGUGCAUACAACAGGAUUCAACUGAUUCAAUGUUAGAUGUACCCGUAUUAGAAGCAUUACAACGACGUCAUUCUGAUGUUAAAUUGGGUUCAACGACUAAUUUAUCACCUGGUAAUGGUAUAGGUGCAUUAGCACCACCUCGUUCACCAGAAUUAAGAAGACAUUCAGAUGUAUCACCGGCAUCAUUAAAAGAAUUAGAAAAGCUCAAAGGUACUAAAACUCCUGGUGGUGAUAUGGAUUGGCGUAGAGGUGGUGGACGUAGUAUGGCACCAAGUCGAGCAUCAAGUCCACCACAUGCUGAAUUUGAAAUUGGUGGACAACAAUUGAGUAGUAUAGCACCACCAAUAUCACGUAUGGCAUCAAGGCGUGGCUCUAGGGUAUCACGUCAACAUAGUUAUGAUGAUGAUAUUAAAGGUGGCGGUAAUGUUAAUCCAGCACAAGGUGGUGGACAAAAUGAAUUGGGUUUAGGUAUGCCAGCAAUACCAAGAAGGAAAUCUGCAUAUGAUGUAUUUGCGCCGGGCGUUUUACAAGCAGCACAACAAGUUGCUGCUUUAACAGCUGCUAACAGACAAGCUGAAACAAUACCAAUUGUUUCUGUACAACCUAGUUCAAGACGUCCAUCAUUUAGAGCACCAUUACCAAGUGAUGAUUUACCAAAUCAAGAAGAUUCACCCCUUAGUCCUGAAACUACAACAUCAAUAUUGGCUGUGGAAGAUGAUAGACGUAUAAGACGAAGAGGUUCACAAUUACCCGAUAUAGCAGCAUUACGUGAUAGAGGUGCAAUACCACCAACACAAUUAAAUCCAGUACCACCACCGAUAGCUGCAUUUACAGGACCUAAUUUAGAAGAUUUAGAAGCACCAAGACGACAAACCUCAAUGGAUGGUGAAGCGAUUAAAAUUGUAAUACAUGAUGUCGAUUCUGGACCAAUAUGUGCAUCAAAACGUCGUAUAGUUUUAAGACGUGAUCCGACUGACAAAGCACAUCGAACUCGAGGUUUUGGAAUGCGUGUUGUUGGUGGAAAAACUGGCGCUGAUGGACGUUUAUUUGCCUAUAUAGUGUGGACUGUUCCUGGUGGACCAGCUGAAAAAGGUGGCUUACAGCAGGGUGAUAAGAUUCUAGAGUGGAAUGGUGUAUCAUUGAUUGAUCGUAGUUUUGAAGAAGUUUGCUCAAUAAUGGAUCGUACGGGUGAUAUUGUUGAAUUAUUAGUUGAACAUGCAACUGAUUUUCGUAUGUGUGAUUUAUUGGAUGAAAAUUUACCACCUGGAGCAAGUGGUACGGGUCAUCAACCGGGUGCAAGAAAAUCUGGUGAUGGUCCAGUACAACUGGGUUUACAAGCAGAACCAGAAGUACCCGAUAAAUCACCGUCGUCACCAACUAGACGAAAAUUACCAAAAACUCCGGAGCAAAUUGCUAGAGAAAAAUUAGUUACCGGACGUGUUCAGUUACAAGUUUGGUACCACGGUGAACGUAAUGAAUUAGUUGUUUCAUUAAUGGCUGCUGAUGAUUUAGCAUUACGUGAUGAAUCAUAUGGACAUGGUUGUUUACCUGAAGCAUAUGCAAAAGUUCGAAUAUUACCAAGAACAGGUGAUGGUUCUGUUGCACAAACUGAAGUAAGCCGACCAACACAAAAUCCAAUAUGGAAUGCAACAUUAACAUUUGGUCAUAUAUCAGCUGAAAAUUUAAUGGAUCGUUAUAUUGAAAUACAAUUAUGGGAUUUAGUACCGCAUACUGAAUCAAUAUUUUUAGGUGAAUGUAAUGUUGAAUUACAAAAAGCAUUUUUAGAAGAUCGUGCACUAUGGUGCCGUUUAGAAGAUCCAAAAGGUUUACGUGCAUGUAGUAUAUCAAAAUCAACAAAUGUAUCACCACGUGGUUCAUUAGUUAGUGCAGAUAUAUCACGUUUAAUAAGACGUUGUGAUUAUACACAACAACGUUCAAUAUCAGAUGAUGUUGAUUCAAUUGGUGAUGGUACAAGUUUAUUACAUCCAGAUCAUGCAUAUAUUGCUGGUUCAAGACGUGGUUCAUCACAAUCUGAACAACUUGAAGUUGAAGUUUAUCAAUUGGGUAGAGAUUUUUCAAGAUCAUUACCUGGUUCUAGGCGUUCAUCAUUUCAAGAUCGUGAUGAAAAUAAAGAUGAUGAUAUGAUGCCACCAGCAUCAUAUAUGUGUGGUCGUCGACGUUCAUCAAUAGCUAGAAGAGAUCCAGAUGAAAUAUUAAGAUCAUUAAAACAAGUUCGUGGUGAAUUAGGUAGAGCAAUGAGUUUAGCUGGUGCAGAACCAAAAAGAUCACCAUCAAGACGAGCAAGUCAUCAACCAAUUAGUCGCAAAGAAAGUAUUGUUAAUUUUUCUGAAUUAUUACCAAUUGGUAUUGGUACAAAUGCUACAAGUCCACCAUCAGAUGAUGAUAAUAAAACAAUAUUACCAAAAUGGAAAGGAUCCGGCCAAAUUUUAACAAAUCGUAAACAAUCAAUAUCAAUAUAUAAUAAUAGUUUAAGAGCUGCGUCAUCAGUAUCAAAUGUUAGUAAAAUAAAUACAACAUUAUUAGGUAGUAGCGGUAUUACCGGUUCAAAUCAAUUAACAUCAAUUGGUGCAAUAACAGCAUCAACAACAUCAUUAUUACGUAAAAUGUCAGUAUCGGAAAGAAAAAUGUCACAAAUUGAUUUAAAAAUGUUACCAAUUGAACGUAAAUUAUCUACAGUUGAACGUAAAAUGUCAACAUCUGAACGUAAACUAUCGACAUGUGAACGUAAAAUGUCAACAACUGAACGUAAAAUGUCAAUAGCGAUUGAUCGUAAAUUAUUUAAUCAACAAUCAAAUAGUGGAAGUGGUGGUAGCGUUGGCGGUAGUAUUAUAAGUGGUGGUGGUGGUAGCAGUAGUACCAGCAGUAAUAAUUAUAUUAUUGGUAGUAGUAGCAAUAUUAUAAAUGAACGUAAAAUGUCAACAUAUGAUCGUAAAUUAUCAGUAUCAGAACGUAAAUUAUCUGUUGCUGAUCGUAAAAUGUCAACAUCCGAAAGAAAAAUGUCAACAAUUGCAAUGGAACGUACUGAUCGUGAUAUACGUAAAAUGUCAACAAUUGAUGCUAUAACAUUAAAUAUUAAAUUAGGGCCAUAUCAAUUACAUCCAAAAGGUUAUAGAUUAACUGCUGGUCGUUAUGGUGAAUUAAAAUUGGGUUUAUUAAAAAUUAAAGGAACUAUUGAAUUAGAGGUAAUUGCUGCUAAAAAUAUAGUUCCAAUUGAUAGUGAAACUGCACCUGAUACAUAUGUUAAAUGUUAUGUUAAAGAUGGCGAUCGAUUACGGCAUAAGAAAAAAACUCGAAUAAUACGUCAUUCAUCUGAACCGAUUUACAAGCAAACAUUAAAAUAUCAGAGUUCUGAUGUUUUUGGUCGUAAUCUUGUUAUAACUGUAUGGCAACGUUGUGUUGGCUUUGAACAUAAUAAAGGUUUAGGUGGUGCUGAAUUAAAUUUAGAUAAAAUUGUAUUGGCACAACAUAUUAGCGGUUGGUACCCAUUAUUUCCAAUGCAUUCAUUUGGUGGUUCGGAUUCUGAUAAUUCUCCUUGACCGAGUUGUUCUACUAUUACAAAUACUGCAAAUGCUUUAUUU